AAAACAAAAAACAAAAAAAAAAUAGAAAAAAAAAAGUACAUAACACAAAGAUUUUAUUCACCUUCAUAUCUCUUUCACUAUUUAUCCAUAUUCAUUAUAUAUAUAAUUGUACACCCUUUUUAUGCAAUCUGAUUACUGUUAAUCUCAUCUUCUUCUUCACCAAGAUUUUUCAGUUUUCAACUUUCGGUAUGAGUUUAAGUCCGAUUACAAUGUGUAUGUGGUUUGAGGAUUCUUUAUGCUUUGCUUCACGCGCUGAGGAUAUGUGAAUGGAUUCAGCAAGAGGUUGGUUCCAAAAAUUGGCGUCAACAAAGAAGGAUUCAAUGGCUAGUGGAAGAGAAGAUGGCAAGCCGGCGUCAGCUGAAGAGGCUUCCAAUAUAACAAAGCAGAGAGUCGCUGCAGCAAAGCAAUACAUCGAGAAACAUUACCGAGAGCAGAUGAAAAAUUUGCAGGAGAGAAGGGAGCGGCGAAUUUUGCUAGAAAAGAAGUUGGUAGAUGCUGAUGUCUCCGAGGAAGAUCAAAAUAACCUACUGAAAUUUUUAGAAAAGAAGGAAACUGAAUACAUGCGACUCCAAAGGCAUAAAAUGGGAGCUGAUGAUUUUGAGUUAUUAACGAUGAUUGGAAAGGGUGCUUUUGGAGAGGUCAGAAUCUGUAAGGAGAAAACAACUGGUCAGGUAUAUGCAAUGAAGAAGCUUAAGAAAUCAGAAAUGCUUCGUAGAGGACAGGUCGAGCAUGUGAAAGCUGAAAGAAAUCUUCUCGCGGAGGUUGACAGUGAUUGCAUCGUCAAACUGUAUUAUUCUUUCCAAGAUGACGACUAUCUGUAUCUUGUUAUGGAAUAUCUACCUGGUGGAGAUAUGAUGACACUUCUCAUGAGGAAGGAUAUAUUAACCGAAGAUGAAGCUAGAUUUUAUGUCGCAGAGACUGUUUUGGCAAUUGAAUCUAUCCAUAAACAUAACUACAUACAUAGAGACAUUAAGCCUGAUAACCUGCUCCUCGAUAGAUAUGGUCAUUUAAAACUAUCAGAUUUUGGAUUAUGUAAGCCGUUAGACUGUAGUACCCUGGAAGAGAAGGAUUUCUCAGUCGGGGAUAGUGCCAAUGGAGGUUCCAGGAGUGAUAGCCCUCCCGCUCCCAAACGCACUCAGCAAGAGCAGCUAGAACACUGGCAAAAAAAUAGGAGGAUGCUUGCCUAUUCCACAGUGGGCACACCAGACUAUAUUGCUCCUGAGGUCCUGCUGAAGAAAGGUUAUGGCAUGGAAUGUGACUGGUGGUCGCUCGGUGCUAUUAUGUACGAAAUGCUUGUCGGUUAUCCGCCUUUCUAUUCUGAUGAUCCCAUGUCAACUUGUAGGAAGAUAGUAAACUGGAAAAAUCAUUUAAAAUUUCCUGAAGAAGCAAAGUUAUCUCCAGAAGCGAAAGAUAUUAUAAGCAAACUUCUUUGUAAUGUCACCGAGAGACUUGGUUCCAACGGCGCAGAUGAAAUAAAGGUCCACUCGUGGUUUAAAGGGAUAGAUUGGGAUAGAAUCUAUCAAAUGGAAGCUGCCUUCAUUCCUGAAGUCAAUGAUGAGUUGGACACCCAAAAUUUUGAGAAGUUUGAGGAGUCUGAAUCUCAUUCUCAGAGUGGAUCAAGAUCUGGUCCUUGGAGAAAGAUGCUCUCGUCUAAGGACAUCAACUUUGUCGGAUACACGUACAAAAAUUUCAAAGUAGUGAAUGAUUAUCAAGUUCCUGGAAUGGCCUGUGCUUUAUAAAUUGCUUCGGCUCAAAAUAAGAAACGAUCUCUCCAACACAUAAAUGGUUGUGAGUU